AUGGCUGCCAGCGAAACAGCAGCGGUAGCGGUCUCCAGCCCGACCAAGCCGCCCCCACCGGCUGACCCCAGCGUCAGCAACAUGUCCAGCCCCCUGACCGAGGUGGAGGACAAGGACGGCGACCCGGACGACAUGGACGUCGACGGACUCAUGCACAACCCGUCGCUGGUGAGCCACAGCCAGCUGGGCGAAGAAGACGAAGCCGCCUCACAAGCCGCUCAAUCACGCCCCGUGUCCGACAUGGACGAAGACUCAGCCCUGUCCGAAGCCGACCCGGACAUGAACGACUCCGAGGCCGAGACCGAGCGGCUUUACGACACGCCCAUCAAGACUAAGAACAUCAAGGGCGACCGGGCCCCCGACAGCAGCCCGGAGCUGAGCCCCAGCCGGCGCCUAACAUCACACAAGCGGGACCGAAACUUCCAGGCAAGUCCCAGCAAGCUUAAGCAGCAGCUGCGUGCCGACGGCGCCGACGAUCGCACCAACGGCCACAGCCACGGCCUAGGUCGCGGCCGGGGCAACGAGGACGAAGACGAAGACGAGGACGAGGAUGAGCUGUCGGACAUGGACGUCGAAGACGAAGAGAACGAGGCCGACGGCGAAGACGAGGCGUCAGCUGAGAGUGGCCGUCAUCGCAAGGCGGCCGUCGACAAGACCGAAGACGCGGCUGACAAGGGGGGAACGGCCGUGUCGAUGUCGGUCCGGAACCAGCGGUCCAGCUCGGACACGCGAAAGCGGAAGCGGUCGCCCACCACCGAUCCGUCCGAGUCGGACCAGCCACUACGGAAACGAAUUGGCUCAAGCGGCAACAGCAGCGGCAGCCACGAGGCCGGUGCCGAAGACGGGGACGAAGACACCACCCGGUCCAAGACGCCAAACGGCAACGGCGCCGACCAGGCCGAGACUGUCAACGGCGACAAGCAGCCCGAUCGGGCAAAAGAGGACACGCCUGACGGCGUCAGCAGCGACACGCUCCGCACACGACGAUCGAAGCGCGCGAGCGCUAAGAAACACAAGGGCGCAGACGAGGGUGAGGGCGAUGGCGACGGCGACGGCGACGAGGUCGUCGAGGAGCCGGAAGACGACGUACCAGAGGACAGAGAGACCGGGCCGGCAGAAGAAGACGGCACGGGACCGGCAGAAGAUGACCGGCCGGCCGAAGUAGACGAAGAGGCCGAGGCGGCCCACAGAAACGAAGAAGAACGUAUGGGCAGACCAGUCCCCGAGGACGAGGACGACGAUGCUGACCGUGAUGCCGUAGUGGAACGGAAGAAGGCGGCCUUUGACCAGCUGCACGUGAUCGAGAAGCGGUUUGCCUCGUUCCGAGACAAACUCUACCAGGAGCGGCUCGACCAGCUCAACGAAGAGGAGGCGAUGCUGCGCGGCGACAACCCGACACACCCCGAGUAUCUGGCGAUGAUGCAAUGCGUCGACGAGCGGCGCGACGAGAAGGUGCGGGUGUCGGGGCUGGAGUACCAAUUCAGCAUGAAGACGCUGCGGGCAUGGGCCGUUGGCCGGCGCAGCCAGAUCCACGGCCAGUACUUCCAGAACGUGCGCGAGUCGCGUGAGCUCGUGCUCGAGGAGCUGGGCCGCCAGUGGUACCAGAUCCAGCACCAGCGCCGCCGCCACGCCAACACCAUCCCGGACUAUGGCCUGCGCUUCCCAGCCUCGCCAGCCCAGCGGACAAAGGAUGCCAUCGCGUAUAACAAGGAGGUGUCCAUCCUGUCGGGCAUUGCUAAGUACGAGGGCUUCCCGGCGGCGCCACAGAUCCGGGGAGCCUCGAGCGGGCAGGUCGAUGAUGAUAUGGGAGCGAUUGCAGUCGGCCACAUGCCAGCACCCACGGCAUCGCCGUAUUUCGAUGCCGGCAGCCGGGCCAACGGCAGCCUGACGCUCAGCGGUCUGGCCGCAACCGGGCAGCAGAUGCUGGCCGACGCCGCCUGGGCAGCACCACAGUCCCAGCCACUGUCCCAGCAGCAGCAGCAGCAGCAGGUCCAGAUGCAGAUGCAAAUGCAGAUGCAGAUGCAGAUGCAGCACCUCCAGCACCAUCACACUUAUCACCAUCACCAACAACAACAACAACAACAACAACAACAACAACAACAACAACAACAACCGCAGCAGCACCAACACCAAGGCGCUGACGGCCAGCGCAGCCAAAACGGCCACGCGCAUCACCACCAUGUGGCUGCUGUCCACGGCCCUGCUCGCCACCACCACCACAUGCACGCCGGCGAGCCGUCCGCGGUGGGCGUGCCGCCAAAGCGCGAAGCAGCCGUGCUCACAUCCUAG